AUGACUUCAAGAUAUAGAGUAGAAUAUGCCUUGAAAAGUCAUCGUCGUGAUGAAUUUAUAGAAUGGAUUAAAGGUUUAUUAGCUGUUCCAUUUGUGUUACAUGCUGAUGUGGAAAAUUAUGAUGAAGGGUUUGCUGAACAUUAUUCAUCAAUGGAAGAUUAUGAACGGUACUUAGAAACUCAAGAAUCAGUCAUUGCAGCAGAAUGUCAAAAUCGAUAUCUGGAAAUAUUCUCUGAUGUAGAGAAAUUAGUUGAUCAUACUAUGAUUAUUGAUGAUAUAAAUGAUAAAGACCCCGGUCGAAAUUUAAAUAGUCGAUUACGAAAAUUAGUACCGUCAGUAGGGAGAUUCUUUACCCCGUUACCAUUGAAUGAAGCAUUCCUAGUGGAAGAUGAACGAAGGUCAAUAUCCAAAAGAAGAUUAGUAAGUCCUUCAUUCAAUGAUAUUAGAGUUAUAUUAAAUACAGCUCAAGUUUUAGCAUUAACAAAGAUUUAUAAAGAUCAUCUUAAAUCAGGAUCAAAAUUAAAAUUAGUCACUUUUGAUGGUGAUGUGACAUUAUAUGAAGAUGGAAAAUCAUUAGUUGAAAAUGAUCAUGUGGUAUCAAGACUUGUCAAAUUAUUAUCAUUAGGUUUAUUUGUGAGUGUGGUUACUGCUGCAGGAUAUCCUGGACAACUGGGGGGCGCUAAGUAUCAUGAACGAUUAAAAGGGUUAAUAGAUGCUAUGGAUAGACCUGAUUGUAUCUUAACUCCUAAACAAAAGGAGAAUUUAUUAGUUAUGGGGGGUGAAUCGAAUUAUUUAUUCCGUUAUUCAGAUGAGAUAAAAACUUUUAGAUUCGUAGAUGCUAAUGAAUGGCAUUUACCUUUAAUGCUUAGUUGGGAUAAGAAUAAGAUUACCUUUAUAAUGGAAACUAUUGGUAAACAUAUGAUUCAUUUACAAAAAUAUUAUAAUUUAAACGAAUCAACUACCCUAAUUAGAAAAGAACGUUCAAUUGGUAUAAUCCCUAAUGAAGGACGUAAGAUUUUACGGGAACAUUUAGAAGAAAUUGUCUUGUCAUGUUCAAAUAAAUUAGAUGAAAUCUUAACUGAAGGUAUUAGAGUUUGUGCUUUUAAUGGUGGAUCAGAUGUUUGGGUUGAUAUUGGUGAUAAAAGUUUAGGAGUUGAAGCAUUACAAAGAUAUCUUUGUGAAGAUCCUGGUGAUGAUUUAUCUCAUACAGUUUGUCCAAUUUUAAAAAGUGAAAGUUUGCAUAUUGGUGAUCAAUUCGCAAGUCUUGGUGCCAAUGAUUUCAAAGCUCGUUUAAGUGCAUGCACGGUUUGGAUUGCAAGUCCAAGAGAAACCGUAGCCAUUCUUGAUGAUUUAAUUAAUUAUAUAGACCAAAAUUAA